GCGUCCCGCCACAGGGCGGGGAGAGGCACAACAGGAAGUCAGUUCUGGUUCCUGGGUUAAGGUGCUGGGGCAGGAGCGAGCGCCCUGUGCCGGGAGCGGCCGUGGGCUCCGUGAGGCGCUCGUUUACAGUUCCCAAGAUGAUGGCAGUGUAACUUACAAAAUAUUUCCAUUGAAGAAGCUGUUUUGAAAGCAGAAAUAUGUAAAGAAGUACUCACUACUGGAUGGCGUCUAUGUUCUCAUAUGAACCUAUGAGAGGUCUGUUAACUUGAGCAUCUUUUCAGUGAUGAAACAACAUUGGGAAUUAUGGACAAAAACAUCGGAGAGCAGCUUAACAAAGCUUAUGAAGCCUAUCGACAAGCAUGCAUGGAUAGGGACCAUGCUGUGAAAGAACUACAGCAAAAAACAGAAAACUACAUGCAGCAAAUACGUGAACAGCAGGAAAAGAUAGAGCUUCAAAACAGCAUUAUUGCAAAACUGAAAUCACAGUUAACUGCUCGGAAUGCUAAUAGAGGUAAUGCACAUCCCUACAUACUGAUGCAUGAAGACUUUGAAACCUCCAACUUAUCUUUCAGCCAGCUCUCUGAAAAACUGAACGUAGCAAAGCAAAGAGAAAAACUCUUAAAGGAACAGUUAGAAAAUGAGAGCAUGAAAUUGAAGCAACUUGAGGACAAAAACAAUCAAAAGGAAAGGAAGCUUGUAUCUAUUAUUUCCAACCAAGAAGAUAAAAUAAGAACUCUGAAAAGCAAAUUGAAAGAAUUAAACGAAGCACAAAAGGGUAUACAGAUGCCAAUGUAUAAAAGGGAGGUGAAAAGUAAGAAAGUUGUUCCAGAUAAGCCUGAAUUAUCUCUAGGGAUCUCUGGUAUUUCACCUAUGCCUGAAAGGGAGAAUCUGGAGACUAUUUUCCAGGACAUGAAAGAAGAGUGUCAUCGAAUAUGUAUGCUAGCCAGAGAACAAACAGACCAACUGAGUAAAUUUAAGAUAAAGCCAGAACCUGAAACUGAAAUACAGUUUUCCAUGCCGAUACAGUGUACUGAUAAAACUGAUGAACAAGCAGAAGAGCUUUUUAAGCCUCGGGUUAUAAAGGAUAUAAAUAGAGGUGCAUCAUGCAUCACAUCUAUCACACCAAGAGGAGUGGGCCAAGAUGAGGACAACAACUCUGUAGAAUCACUUUCUAAAUUUAAUGUCAAGUUUCCACCUACAGACAAUGACUCUGCUUUCUUGCAGAGCACUCAGGAAAAACCAACAGUUCCUUGUACUGGUAUAGCUGAAAACAUGCUUCAAGAUCAUCAUUUUAACCUGGAGCACAGAGACCGUGCUGUUAACCUCAGUAAAUUGGAACCUAACUCAUUUGAAGCUCAUGGAGUUGAUCUCAUGACCUCAGCUUUACAAAGCUUAACUACUGUUGACAAAACAAACCCCCCAAAUCAUGCAAACAUGCCCAUAGAAAAUGCCUGUGACAAAACAUGUUUAAAAACAACAGACACUGGUUUCACAUUUGUACCUAAGCACACAAACCAGGGUGUACCUGAAGUAAUUUUUUCUUCUUUAGAAGCUGCUGGGACAACCAUCAGAGGUCCUCAUCAGCUCAUUUGGCAGCCUCGAGACAAUGAUUUGCUGGCACAAGCUUAUACAGACUCUGAACUGAAUCAGUGUGGAAUAUGUGAAUUCUGUCGAGAAGUUUUCCCACCAUCUAUAACAUCUAAGGAAGAUUUUCUUCGGCAUCUGAAUUCCCACUUUAAAGUACAGUCUUAAUCUCCGAAGCCCCGGCAGUCCCCAGCGCUGAGGAGGAUAGGUUCAUCCCUGUCCUCGCCGUGCGGCGUGUGAAGUACCUCCCCAGAGAGCACGGCGGAGGGUGGUUCCUGGGAGAGGCAGAAGUUCCAGGAUUGGGAGGAGAGAAGGGGAUUCGCACAUCUCCAGCCAGCCCGACACAAAACCGACUUGUCCUCUCAACCGUGAAAUUCGAGCUCAGGAGCUCGCGUUAUUAAGAGCUGAACAAACUGCGAAUCACCUUUAAAGCAAAUAAAGUCAUCUGUUCCUCCGCACCGCCUCCCCAUGCACGGACGCCUUUCCCCCAUGAGCUCUUCGGCGGGCAGAGAAGGCAGCCCUGCGCCGAGCCCCAGUCUCCGCACUGGGCCGCGGUUCUUUGUUGCUGGAGGCAGCCUGGCACCCCGGCCCCGCCGGCAGAGCUGCGGCCUCCCCUGCAGCCAGGGCGGGGCGGGGGGGGGAGAAAGCGGGUGGGACACGGUUGUCCAAAGGCUUUUGUCGACCAGCAGAACCCAUCCGUCUCCCGCUAUGGAGAAUGGUUGGAAUGUUUCCUGUCCACUAAGAGAGCUCCUGCCUAGUGCGGCGUCUUAGGAAGCUGUUUAAUUCUGCGGGCUUAAGACUAUUGCUGCCUGAGGACGUCCAGAUAGGCUCACCGAUCAGACCACUGCGAGGGGCACCAGUCUGGUUUAAAAAUAACUAAAUAAAUCUCAGGCUAAGCAGUUGUGAGCGACUUGAAGUGGGAGGUGAGUGCGGUCCCUAAGUGGGCCGGCCCCACUCAUACAGCUUUCCUGGAGGAGGCUGCUGCUGCCAGGAGGGACAUCUGCUUUAUUACACUCACCAGAGGAGGCUCGGUGUUCCUCCCCUCCGCUCCCCCUUCCGCACAGGCUCAACUCAGCAGAGGAGGUUGAAUCCAAAUGGGAAGUGGGAUUUCAUUAGAAAUAAUAAUAAUAAAUCUGGGGGGAGGAAGCGGAACUCGAGAGAGCCGCAGGCUCGUGCCAAGGCGUACUACCGAAUUCCUCCUCUCCCAGGGCUAGCGGAGUCCUUCCCGGGGUAGCCCCGGGGCUGAAGCUGCUUGCAGGGCUCCCGUAGGGGUUCUCCUGUCCCGCUGCCCCGCGCCGACGGUACGCGACGCGUGAAGCCCCACGCUUACAGCCCGUAUUCGCGGGACCUCUAGUUCUGACUUGAAAGCAAGGAAGCAAACCGCUCCCCUUGCCUAUGUGGAGGUUUCUGAGGGGCACGCUGUGGCGCUACGGCUGCCUCAGCCUGGCGCAAGGGCUCGGUGCCGGCGGCCGAGGAGAACACAUGUAGCUCCUCUGCCUCUCCGGCUAACUCGACAGCUGCUCGUAGCUCCAGUAAUUAGACUGUCAGUGCUUGUUAGAGGAGAGGAAAACGCUCCUAUGACAGAUUCCACGAGUCCUCUGUUUUUUAAGAUCUCACAGAAAUCACCAGAGCAUUAACUGAGGUCUCUUCUUUCUCUGGAAUGGGAAGGGAAGAAGUUCCCUCUGCCAUCUCGCACCCCAAUCGGAGCUCCCUUCCGACUCCCAUGAAACACAGUGAAUUCACUCUAAGAGGCUCAGGAGAAGUUACCUUCCUUCCCUGCCUACCCGGGAGGAAGAGAGCGCUUCCUGGCCGUGUGAAGUUACUUUUAAAAUCACCUCCUCAUAUUGCUGAAUUUAACUAAACAGAUAAGUCAACAGAAAUGCAGUCUUUUCUCCCUUAACUGAGCGGAGGAGUCGCUCCACACACGACCCUUCCCCAUCCGAGAUAAUGUUAAUUCAGAGGAUGCUCAGGAGAGGCUGUUCCCCCUUACGAACAAAAGCACUGGAGGAUCAAGCCGAGAUGCUCCUACCCCCACCCAUAGUUCACUCAGCAGAUGAGACUCGGAGGCGAUUUCUUCUCCUCCCUACCGUACAUUCCCCUUUCCCCCGCAAUCAUACAAGGUUAACUCAACAGAGGAGUCUCAAUCCAAAUGGCAACUGGGAUUGCAUUAAAAAAAAAAAAAAACUGAAGGAAGGGGGAGAAAAAAAUCAGAAAUAGGGAAAGAAAAGAGAAAAAGCAGCAGGCUGAUUACGAGGUGUCAAAACUGCCAGGAGCAAGAAGGUGAUAGCAAUCAGGGGUGAGAAGAGUGCGCCAUUCGUGCGGGGCAGCUAAUUAUCCGUCUCAUUUGAGAAGAGCAGCAUUCGAGGCAGCAGCGUUCGCCUGCUGAACGGUGACAGAUUGGCGCGGAGGAGAGGGGAGGUGUUAAAACAAUGGAGCCGGGCUUGCGAGCGCUGCUGCAUGCUAAUCAGCCCGGCCUCCUUCCUUCCUUCCUUCCUUCCCUCCCUCCUUCCCUCCCUCCCUCCGCCUGCCUGCCGCGAUCCCUCCUUCUCGCUGGCCGCAUGGCAAGCCCAACACAAUCAGGCCCCUCCGUAGCAGACAGCACCACACCCGGCAGAGGUGGUAACCCAGAGAGAGUCCCGGUGGGACGGUGCGGCGGGGCAGGCAGCACCCGGGGAGAUCUGGCAGGCUGGUGGGUAUUAGUGGUAGAUCGCAGACCUCGCCCUUGGGGCCAGGCUUCCAGGAGCCCGUCAGUAUGCAUCCUCGCAAGGGGCAGAGGCGAGGAGGGAGCUCUUCGUACACGUCCUGUGGGUUCUUUAUACUGACAUCCCGGCUCCCCCUUCCCCGCCAGAGGACAGACAAUAGCCGGCAGCGCAGUGGUGUUGCCUGGUAAGAGACAACCUACCGCCGAAGCCCCAGGCCAGGCCCGCAAAGGUGAGGGAAAUGCAGAGCUGUGCCAAUUACUGACGGGCUCCAGGGGCUGCGUUGCCCUCUUAGCUCUGCACAGUCACUAGAGUCCGGAAUGCUAAACAUGUUGUAAGCAAGCCGUACGGCCUCUCUUGGGCCUUUUGCCUCUCGGAUUGCUUGGCCUUGCGAGCCUGAAUGACCACACAUACUCAGUUUGCACCCUGUGAGGAGGUACAAAAAGGGCUGGCCCUCCCUCGGACCAGGAACAACCCUUCCCGUUUACAAAAAGGGGCGACAGGGUCUGCAGAGAGAGGAGAAAUGCUUUGUGCGGGAUCGCUUUGGCCCUAGCUCUCCCAGAAGGUCCACGCUCGGCGGGACUCAGAGGGCAAACCCUAGUGCUGGAGCAGUAGCAGCCCAGCGACAGCGAGUGCUCUGCUCUGCCAGGGAGAAGCAGAGGAAUGAGCGUUGGAAUGUUUACUCUCCAAUAUUUCUCAGUUUCCAUUCCAUCCUGCCCUGAAAGAUUUCUGAUUACUAUACACUUCAAAAUAGUAUUUAUUACAGAUUUACAUAAUCUGUAUGUUUUAUGUUAAGGGAAUAACACAUUGAUGCUGUACUACUGAAAGGAGUUAAUCUAAACUACAUAGUGUCUGCUAUAACAGAGUUCCAAGUAAAACAUACCCUUGUUUCCUGGCACUGACAAGUAACACAUAUCCAGAAGGACACUGCCCGGCACAUUAGGUAAGCUGCCAGGUGAAGCCACUGCUCCACUCCUGAACCUUCACUGGGUUAUGGAUCAGCACUCGGCAAAAUUAAAUUAUAUGCGUCUCUGUGUAACCUCCCAUUUAAUUUAACAAGUGUUAUUUCAAAUAGCAUGUGCCUGUUUUACGACAGGAUUCAUGUGGGUAAGCAAACACUGAAAGGGAUUAAACUGUUUUAGGCCUGAGGUAAGCAGCAUGAUAACUCAGGUUGAAUGCUAUUUAAAAUAGAUUUGAGUGCAUGUAUGGAUAGGCUGUAGUAAUAGCGCUUAAAUUUUGUUAUUCUAAGUCUGUCGUUGAGUGUACUUGAUGAGAUUGUCCAUGAGCAUACAGAUGGUGAGAUUUUCAUGCUUCUGUGGCAUACUGACAUCUCAGGCUGUAAAAAUAAAUUUCCAGAUCGCUGCAAUACCUAAGAAGCAGAAAAAUGCAGUCCACCUUAAUGCUCAACAUUCGAGUGCUCUAUGUUUUAAGAGAUUUUAUAACACUAGAUACACAAGUUUGUGCAAAUCGGGAAUACUGAUUUAAUAGAUUUACAAUAUAAAGCAAAAUUCAAGAUAACCUUUGUGCCCUUUUUUAAGGAGCUUAUUUUUUCUGUGCUUCUGAAUUUAGACAUAUGGUGGAUGGAGAUAAAAACAUGCCUUUCUUUGCUGUUAUCCGUAAUAAUUUUUUUAAACUGUACAUAAGGAUGAAAGGAGGAAUCGACUUUUCAUUAGGUCAAGUUUAGUUUUCAUUAAAAGAUUCUUGGAUUGUUUCUUGAUUUCACAUAAUUUUCCAAACUGGUAACAAAUUAUUAUAUCUAUUUUGAUGAUUUAUGCUGCAUCAAAAAGGUAUUUGCGUCAAAGACGAAUGCUGAGAUAUCUUCUCGAAUAUAGUAAUAACUUUUUUUCCUGCUUAUGAAGCCAUAGUGUGGACUGAGCUGUGCAUCAGCCUGUUCAGCCUGGAAAGCAACACUGAUGUUGCUCAUAAAUAGCUGGGGUAGGGCACCCCUAUUGGUUAAUGUCUGGCCGCAGACAAGGUGCUGUGCUUAUCAAGGUCUCUAAGCUGACCGAAUUAAAAUUUUAAAUACAUAUAUAUAGCAGGGUGAUAUGGUGAAAAUGAGCUAAAAGAAAAACAUUUUGCAGAGACAAGUGCAUACUUUAAAAAGGUUUAAAAUAUUCAAUUGGUGAAAAAAAUAACUACUUGUAAAAACGUGUGUAUUUUCAUUAUGCUUAAUUUGCCAUUCAAAACAAGUUUUUCUUAAUAAGCUCUAUUGUUUCUAUCUGUUUUGUGAAAUGUAAUACGUGUGAGACAGAAAGCAGACUCGGAAUGUGAAUGAGUCUUGUUUUCUCUUUCUCUCUUUCUUUCUAUCGUUUUUUAAAUAGAACUUUAUUCAUAUUCACAGGCAUCUUUAAGUCGAGAAAAGGAUUAAUGGAAGUGGCAUGGCAUUCCUGAGGUCAUGAUCUGAAAAGAUGAAACACGAAAUCUUAUCUGCUAGUCUUUUCCUAUAUCUUAUUUCUGUGCAAUAUAAAAGUCUCCAUAAGCAAAACACUCUAUGGUUAAUAGUUAUGUUUUCGCUCUCAGCAGUGACACAAGCUUUGUCAGGUUUUCGCUGUUUGCAUAGUUCAUUAAAAUACUUCGAUAAA